AAUAACCUUAUAUGUUUAUAUUGACAACGUACGAUGUUUGUAAAUAUUCUUUACUGAUUUUUCGAACGAACCUUGAUAUUUGUCAGGUGAAAACUAGAACAAAAUGUCUUCAACUAAAUUUCGCCUUGCAAAACUAUACAAUUCUUGUGAUUGUGAAAAGAAGAAAAAACAUGAGUUACAUUACAUAACUUUUGAUGAAACAUUUACAAGACUAAGAGAAGUUACAGAUGAAGUCCUAAAAUAUUUCGACAACAAAGGAGAAGUACUGCAGUUUGUUCUUGGUCACAUUCCCGUCAAGUCAAAAGAUGAUAGUACGUUUACUUUCAUGGACAGAAAAACAUGGCAAAAGAAAGAAAUGAAAGACCGGAAGAAGUUCUGGGAGGAGAAAGGAUUUGAUCAAAUGGUAGUGAUUGGGUGUGUAGAAGAGGACCUUAUUCGUGACGACGCUAUCGAUGUUAUGAAAGAUUCCGAGAUCUACGCCAUUGCCUUAGCACAAAGAUUGCUCAUGCACUAUAUUUAUAAUAAACCAGAAGAAAGAUUGUUCAACGACUCACUUCAGCUUAGCAGAACAUCUCUGGAGAAAACAGACGGAAGUGUCCUUUAUAUUGCAAUCAAGUCUAAAUCUAAACAAAAAAAAGAAAAAUCAAAGCAACGUCGCAAAUGGAAAUCUAAGAGUUCAAGUAGCAGCAGCAGUAGUAGCAGUAGUAGCAGCAGUUCCGAAAAAUCAAGCAGCGACUCAAGUUCUGAUGAUGAAAGCGAUGGUUUAUCAGAUGGAUCAAGGGGAAGAUCAAGAAAACCGAGGAAAGAGAAAUCGAAACACCAUCGAAAAGGUUGUGAUGAUGAAAAAGUUGGUUUAUCAGAGAGAUCAAUGAGUAGAUCAAGAAAGCCCAGGAAAGAGAAAUCGAAACACUAUCGCAAAUGUUCCGAUGAUGAAAGCGGCGGUUUAUCAGAUGGUUCAACGAGUAGAUCAAGAAAGCCAAGCAGGAAAGAGAAAUCAAAACCACAUCGCAAAUACUCUGAUGAUGAAAGUGGUGGUCAAUCAGAUGGAUCCAGGAGUAGAAAACCAAGGAAGUAUUAGAUAAGUUAUGUAGACGUCGUAGCUGCUUUAAUCACGAACUCCGUAGAACAAUAUAAUUCUACAUUGAUUCUAUAUUCAGUCUUACCAGGAGUGAUUUGAUAUUAGAUAUUCAGACCUAUGGACCGUUAUUUUUCCUGUAGUUAACGAAUUGUAACUGAUAUCAGUAGUAUCCUAUCCUAUCCAAGAGGACAACUGAAAGUGUCAUUUUGGACAAAAUGUGUUACAGUCACAGUGCUCAUUAGACAAAAUUGGACAAUUGUGUUUCUGAUUUCGUUAACUUUUUAACCACAUAUUAAUUUAAGUUGUACAAGUUGGAUAUAUACCAUAGAAUGCUUUUAUUCCAAAAUGUGAAGUUAAGCUUUAUUAAUGCAAAUUAUGAAAAAAAAAACCGUUCAAUUAAAGAAUCUAAUAAGUCCUA